AUGGCAGAGAUGAGAGCUCAACUGACAGAGCAGAUGAAUGCGCAGAUGGCGCAGUUUAUGGAAGCAUUGACUAAUGUGACCAAGGGGCAGGAUGACUUGCGAGUUCUCGUCGAGAACUCCAGAAGGAAUGAGAAUGGAGGACAUCAUGGGCUGUUUGACGAUGUGUCUGGCAGGAUUGACGAUCAUCAUGAUCCGAAUGAGUUUGAUCACGUAUCAAGGCAUAGUGCUGAUGGUGCACAUGAUGAAGUUGAGAGGUACCGUCUGAUUGAAGAACGCCUCAGAGUUGUUGAAGGCAAAGGGGUGUUAGGCAUGGAUAUCAAUGACUUUGGAUUGGUUCCUGGUGUGAGGAUUCCACCAAAAUUUAAAGUUCCAUCUUUUUACAAAUACAAUGGGGCGACUAGUCCCAUGACUCAUGUCAAGGCUUAUUAUCGCAAGAUGUCAGUUUAUUCAGAGGAUGAAGGUUUCCUAAUGCAUUUCUUCCAGGAUAGUCUUGCUGGGGCUUCCUUGGAGUGGUAUGUUCAACUUGAGCGUACUCAUAUCCAUUCUUGGAGAGAUCUUGUGGAGGCUUUUAUUAAGCACUAUCAGUACAAUGUUGAUAUGGCACCCAAUAGGACCCAAUUGCAGAGUUUGGUUCAGGGGUCUAAAGAAUCUUUCAAAGAGUACGCUCAAAAAUGGAGUGAGUUAGCUGCGAGGGUUCAGCCACCUAUGAUUGAGUGUGAGAUGAUAGAUAUGUUCACCAGUACUUUGUCUGGACACUAUUACUUGGCUUGUAGUGCUUCAUCCAACUUUUCUGAGAUGGUGAGAUAUGGCGAACGUGUUGAGAUGGGUCUAAAGAUGGGGAAAAUUCAGUUAGGAGCUUCUUCUAAUUCUGCUGGUGGUAAGAAGCAAGCUGAGGGUUAUGCCAAAAGGAAGGAAGGAAAUGCGGAUGCCAUAUAUGGAAGAAGGGGCUCAGGGAGAAGCAAUUCACAGGUUAAUGCUGUCAUGAUCCCAGUACCACAACAACAACAACAACAGGGACAACGUUCCAAUAAUGAUCGCUAUCCUCCCAGGACUAGGCCUCAUAGAAAGAUUGAUCCGAUUCCCAUGACCUAUGCCCAGGUGUUGCAACAUUUGCUCAAGAUUGAGAAGAUCACUUUGAGAUAUGCCCCGAGUGCUCCGGAUACACAAUCUCCGAAUUACAAUGCAAACGCACGAUGUGCUUUUCAUUCAGGUGCCGCUGGGCAUGAUACAGAGAGGUGCAUUGCUUUGAAGAACAAGGUCCAAGAUUUGUUGGAUUAA